AUGCGUAUCAAAGACAAUAUCUAUACGAUAACUGCUAUUGCAGUUGUGGGGGGCGGUUUAUUUGGCUUUGAUAUUGCCUCUGUUUCUGCUCAAUUGAGCGAAAACUCUUACAAAUGUUACUUUAACCAAGGGCCUGAUGGUCCCCCUUUCAACGAUAAGGCAAACUGCAGUGGGCCCAAAUCCCUGGUUCAGGGAGGAAUCACCGCCGCUAUGGCGUACGGGUCAUGGUUGGGUUCCUUGCUUUCAGGGGCCCUUUCUGACCGGUUUGGUCGAAAAACGUCGAUCAUGGUCGGCUGCAUAAUUUGGAUCGUCGGAUCCACUAUCAUUUGCGCAUCGCAAACGAUUGCGAUGCUCAUUGUGGGGCGCAUUAUUAAUGGCAUUGCCGUUGGUAUAGAGUCCUCGCAGGUCCCAGUUUAUAUAUCCGAGAUAUCUCCGCCAUCAUUACGUGGUCGUUUUGUUGGUGUUCAACAAUGGGCAAUUACGUGGGGCAUCUUAAUUAUGUACUAUACAGCGUCAUGGCGUAUUCCUUGGGGCCUUCAAAUGGUCCCAGCGAUCCUACUCUUUUUUGCCAUGAUGCUCCUUCCAGAAUCACCUCGUUGGCUUGCAAGAAAGGAUCGUUGGGAAGAAUGCCACAAUGUUUUGGCUCGUGUCCACGCUUCGGGUGACGUGAACCAUCCUUUCGUUCAAUACGAAUUGCAGGAUAUCAAGGAUAUGUGUGAAUUCGAACGCCAGCACAAGGAUGCCACCUAUUUUGAUCUUUUUCGACCUCGCAUGAUCCACAGAACAAUCACGGCACUUUUCAUGCAAAUAUGGUCUCAAUUAACCGGCAUGAACGUCAUGAUGUAUUACAUUGCCUAUGUCUUUGCCAUGGCUGGUUUCAGCGGUAAUUCCGGUCUCUUGGCCUCGUCGAUUCAGUACAUUAUCAAUGUUGUGAUGACUAUCCCAGCUCUCAUUUGGGUUGAUAAAUGGGGUCGCCGUCCAACACUGUUGGUCGGGGCAGCUUUCAUGGCGGCUUUCAUGUAUGCCAACGCCGGCAUUUUUGCCGCUCAUGGGGUUGUUGUACCAGGUGGCAUCGAUGGUGUCGCUGAGGAAUCGAUGCAACUCACAGGAGCUGCUGCAAAGGGGGCCAUUGCAUGCACUUAUCUUUUUGUUGCUUCCUUUGCUCCAUCCUGGGGGCCAGUGUCGUGGAUUUACCCCCCGAACUGUUUCCUCUUCGUCUCCGCGGCAAAGGCGUCGCUGUUUCAACAUCCGGAAACUGGGUUUUUAACGCCGCAUUAG